UCCCACAUAGAGAGAGAGACUGAUAUCUCUGUUUACUGUUUUCUGGGUUUGGUCGGGAAAAGGAAAGGAAAACGAAGAAAAGCCGAUAUGGCGAACAGAGGGAUCGAGAUUCUUCCACCGGCGGCGCAAUUUCCGGCAACGAAUUGGCUGUUCCAGGAGACGAAACAGACUGUUUGGACGCCGGAGGAGGACAAAUGCUUCGAGAAAGCCUUGGCCUUUUACGACGACAAGGACGACUACCCCGACCGCUGGCUCAAAAUCGCCGCCGCUGUCCCCGGCAAGACCGUCGCUGACGUCAUCAGACGCUACAAAGAGCUCGAGGAUGACGUCAGCGAUAUCGAGGCCGGGCUCAUCCCCCUCCCUGGUUACGCCGCCUCCGAGGACGGCGGCAGCUGCUUCGAGCUGCAGAGCUGGCGAUUCUCCGGCGGCGAUUUCGUCUUCGGCGGCAAGAGAUGUUCGUCGGCGGCUUCUUUGAGGCCGACGGAGAAAGAGCGGAAGAAGGGGAUUCCUUGGACAGAGGAAGAACACAGGAGAUUUCUGAUGGGUCUGAAGAAGUAUGGAAAAGGGGACUGGAGGAACAUAUCAAGAAAUUUCGUGACGACUCGGACGCCGACUCAGGUGGCGUCUCACGCUCAGAAGUACUUCAUCCGACAACUCGCUGGCGGCAAAGACAAACGCCGAUCCAGCAUUCACGACAUCACCACUGUCAAUGUCCCUGACCACGACCACAACAGUUACUCCUAUUCCUCUUCCGCCGCCACGGCCGCCGACUCGCUCGACCACCUCUUUCCUCCCCAGAACGCUGGUCACGGAUUCGCGUUUGCGUCCUCCUUCGGAUCUUCUUGCAAUAACGCGUUUCAACCGUGGAAUUGAUGACCGCAUGAUUCGAAUGCUAUAUGUCAUAUAUAUAUAUGAGGUCCAGUUUGAUUCUGUGUGUGUAAUGUAUAUAUACAAGGCGUCAAAACUAUAGUUGGAUGUAAAUACUUUGAUAUAAGAAGACAUUAAAGUUUGGAUUA